CAUUGAGACAGUGUCCGGAGUUGGUUGUGCGUUGUUGUGGCUAUACUCUCUUUUUAACUUACUUUUUUUCCCAUGGACUGAUUGACAAUGAGUUCGUUCUUAAUGAACCCUAAUUAUCAUCAUCAACAACAACAACAUAUGACCGGAGGAAUGAUGGUCGAUCCGAAAUUUCCACCUAGUGAGGAAUACAGCCAAAGCAAUUACAUUCAAAGUCCGACUCCGGGGGAUUUUUUUAGCAAUCAUCAUUUAAAUCAACCACCGCAACACUUGCAGUACGCUUAUCACCACCAUCAACCGACGUCUUACGGAAGUCCCAUCAGCAAUAAUUACGGAUAUAGCAAUUAUUAUCAUCCGCAAUUACAUCCGCAUCAUAGUUCUUUACACGGUCAUCAAAUAAGGCCGUCGGUUCACGAUUCUCAACAAUCGAUGGUGCAAUGUUCUUCUUCAGUACCAAACCAUAACGUGCAACAACAACCGUCAACAAUCUCAAACGCGGAAGGAAUCCUUCAAAGCUUAGCUAAUAUAGCACCAAAUGUUGUUACCCAAUCAAGUAGUGAUGUGAACACUAACAGUGUUUGUAGUCCCGCUUCGACGGGUCACGGACAGGACUCUAGGGGUUCACCCCCAGUUGGACAUUCGUUACAAGACUUAGGUUUACGUUUGGAAGACAACGUUUCCGACGAACACGAUGACGCCGAUGAUGACCACAAUUGUUCGGCAAUGGAAGAUGACGAUGAAGAAGACGAAAACGGAGAUAGAGUCAUCUAUCCGUGGAUGAAGAAGAUUCACGUUGCUGGAGCAUCAAAUGGUACAUUUACGCCUGGUAUGGAACCAAAAAGACAAAGAACAGCAUACACACGACACCAAAUUUUAGAAUUAGAAAAAGAAUUUCAUUAUAAUCGUUACCUAACGAGGCGAAGACGAAUAGAGAUCGCACACACUUUAGUGUUGUCCGAAAGACAAAUAAAAAUAUGGUUUCAAAAUAGACGAAUGAAAUGGAAGAAAGAUAAUAAAUUACCAAAUACAAAAAAUGUACGAAGAAAAACGAAUCCCGCCGGCGUAACGACGACGACAUCGAACGGAAAAUCGGCGAAAAAUUCUCGAUGUAAAACUCAAUCGCCGAAUAAUAACGAUAAAAAGAAGAACAGAAAUCGAGAUAUCGAUGCGAUUGGAGAAAAUAUGUUGGAUUUGCCGAAUAUGAGCCAUUUGGGGAAUCAUCAUCCGAUGGCGAAUACGAAUUUGCAUCAAUCGUUGUUACAUGGAGACUCAAUCCAUGUGAAUUCAAUGACCACUUUAACACCUUUAAAUGUUUCACCGAAUUGUGGACAAAAUCAAAAUAGUUCGAUAAAAUCGGAUUAUGGAUUGACUGCUCUUUAAUUUUAAACGAACAAUUUACAUCGAAAAAAGAAAUUGUAAAGAUAUUAAGUUGUAAAGAAGAAAAAAUAAUAACCAAAAAGAAAAAAACGAAGUGACAAUAUUUUGGUAUUUUAUUAUUUUUUUUCUGUGAAGUCAAUAAGGAUUUGUUGGUGUAAAAAAAAGUGCGUGUUCGAUAAUAAAAAGAUCGUUAAUAAAUUCGAUGUAAAAAAGAUAUUUUUCUUAUUAGUAUUUUCUGUGCCAUCGAUAAUAAAAUAAAUCUUCGUUAAUCGUUACCAAAAAAAAAAUAAUUAAAUAAAUAAUCACGAAAGACACUUUAUGGACUUAUUGUACACACUCGUCUUUUUCUGCCCCAUCGAGUUUAUUAUUAUUAAUUUUAUUGUUUUAUUUUGUGAUUUUACUGAUGUA